GUUCAAAACAUGGAGCCACCAAAUUGUGGCGGCGAUAUCUGCGUUUCUUAAUUACGAAGAAGCUGAGCUGAGGGGGGGGGGGAGGAUCUGAUCAUCGGAGAAGACAUGGAAGGGAACAGCUCUUACGGCACAUCGUGGGCUGACCAGUGGGAUAAUAACCCAGACCCGGCGACCGUCGACGCCAAGAACAACCACACCGGAACCGCCAAAUACAAGCAGAAGGUGGGAGAGGGACUUGGAAAGACCAAGGCCGUAGCUAAAACCGGCAUGUCCAAGUUGAAGGAAGGUACCUCCGUCGGCCUCAACUGGAUCAAGACCAAGUACAACAAAACCUCCCACAAAUCCUGAUCUCAUCUGUCUUUCUAUUCAUUUUUAUUUAUUACCCUACUCCAUUAGUCCAUUUGUCAUUUAGGCCUUUUCUUUUUCUUGUACCAUAUUUGUCCCAUAGGCUAUGUUUUCUUCUCUUUCUCCAACUUUGGUAUUCAUUUAUUCUUCACAUACACACUGUAUCGGAUUGUGCUCUUUCUCAUCUUUAUGAUUGUUAAGGCUGUGACUUCUGAACUCAAA